AAUAAAAGCAAAGCUCCUCCUCCCAACUGAAGCAAAACAAAAUGGCGAAAUCUCAGAUCUGGUUUGGUUUGGCCUUACUGGCGUUGCUUCUAGUUUCAGCCGUGGCUGACGAUGUGGUUGUUUUGACGGACGAUAGCUUCGAGAAGGAAGUUGGUAAAGAUAAAGGAGCUCUUGUCGAGUUUUACGCUCCCUGGUGUGGUCACUGCAAGAAACUUGCUCCAGAGUAUGAAAAGCUUGGGGCAAGCUUCAAGAAAGCUAAGUCAGUGUUGAUUGCAAAGGUUGAUUGUGAUGAGCACAAGGCUGUCUGUACCAAAUAUGGUGUUAGUGGAUACCCGACCAUUCAAUGGUUUCCUAAAGGAUCUCUUGAACCUCAAAAGUAUGAGGGUCCACGCAAUGCUGAAGCAUUGGCUGAAUACGUGAACAAGGAAGGAGGCACCAACGUAAAAUUAGCUGCCGCUCCACAAAACGUGGUUGUUUUGACACCUGACAAUUUCGAUGAGAUUGUUCUGGAUCAAAACAAAGAUGUCUUAGUCGAAUUUUAUGCACCAUGGUGUGGCCACUGCAAAUCCCUCGCUCCUACAUACGAAAAGGUAGCCACCGUGUUUAAGCAGGAAGAAGGUGUAGUCAUCGCCAAUUUGGAUGCUGAUGCACACAAAGCCCUCGGGGAGAAAUAUGGAGUGAGUGGAUUCCCGACGUUAAAAUUCUUCCCAAAGGACAACAAAGCUGGUCAUGAUUAUGACGGAGGCAGGGAUUUAGAUGACUUUGUAAGCUUCAUAAACGAUAAGUCUGGGACCAGCAGGGACAGUAAAGGGCAGCUAACUUCAAAGGCUGGUAUAGUUGAAAGCUUAGAUGCAUUGGUAAAAGAGUUAGUUGCAGCAAGUGAAGAUGAGAAGAAGGCAGUGAUGUCCCGCAUUGAGGAGGAAGCAAGUAACCUAAAGGGCUCCACAGCAAGGUAUGGAAAGCUUUACCUGAAACUCGCAAAGAACUACAUAGAAAAAGGUUCAGGCUAUGCUAGCAAAGAAACCGAGAGGCUUGGACGCGUCCUUGGCAAGUCGAUAAGUCCAGUGAAAGCUGAUGAACUCACUCUCAAGAGAAAUAUCCUUACCACGUUCGUUUCUUCUUCUUAAAGCCAUAGCUUGAAGCGAUAAGAGAAUAGGAGUCUGAGAGGCUCUAUAACUGAUACGAUUUGUAGAGUCGUCGUCUUGAUAUUUUGUGUUUGUCAAGAUCAAGAUCUGUGGUUAUUUGAUCUGGAUAGUUCUGAAACUGUUUUGGACUUAGUUUUCUCUGUCUUUUGGUGACGAUAAUCAUAAACUUCAUUCCCUGUUGAAAAGAGUUUAAAAAUGUUCAA